CACUAUAGUAAAUAAUGUGAACUUGUAAAGGCACUCUAUCUCUACUUCCGUAUCUCAAGGCUGCGGCUUAACCUUGCCGACGGUCCGCAACUCGCAACUCCAACCUCAUCAACGAUGGUAUCACAGCAAACAAACACCGUCUCUUGGCAAAGCGCAUUCCUCGGUCUCGUGCCCCUAGCACUAAACGCCAUGACCCAACCCUCGACUCUCGACGCCAAGCUCCCAGAGUCCAGCAUCCUUUUCGCGGCUCGGAGCUCACCAUUCGUAUGCGUCGCCGACGCUGUAGAAGUGUUGAUUGAACUCUGCAUCCAUACGUACCAACGACGAAAGCUCCGCGAAGCUGCAAAACUGGUCAAUUGGCGACGUGCACGUUUCCGCUUGGGCGUUGAAUUAUCUUCGCUCGAGGAAAGCGCAGCUGAGAAGCAUCCGAGGUCGUUUCUUAUCUUCUUUAUUGCCACGCUCCUUCAAGCUGUCAAAAUAUUGGGUCUUGAGGGCCUGUUUUGGACUAAAGUCUGGGCUGGAUGUUAUAUCUGCUCGUAUGUUGUGCUGGCCGGGCUACAGUUCCUCGCACCGGGGGGCUGGCGAGAUGAUCCUCCCCCUAGGAACGCCACUGGAGAUACGUCCUCCACUGGAGGGAAUACCAUCACGAGCGUAGUUCAACUUGUGUGGAUGAGGUUUGCGCUGGGGGUCCACAUUUGGGUUGCAAGUGGCGCGCUUUACCAUGUCGUAUACGCACCUAUCGCAAGAUUAUCGCGCACCUCCAGCUUGGGGUACGGCCUUUCCCUCUUGAUCGGCUUGAUUCCUGCAGUAAGUAUUGCUUCUAGCGGCAUCUUACUGUUGUGGGCUAUGUUGGACUUUUUCUUUCAAUUACUGGAGCAUGUUCGCCCUAGACCGCCGGCCUUCGAACGGAUGCUCUCUAUUCUGCGUGACCUAGGAAGCGGAAAGUUGCUAAAUAUACGUUGGACUGUCAUCUUCUUCGCAUGGUUCUCUAUCUUAGUAGGACAAUUGAUAAAGUUCUUCGGGUGGGCAAGGUACGGUGAAGAGAACGUUUCCUCACUUGGGUACGGAGGUGGUUUUCUUAUGCUCUGCUGCGGAGUUUUACUCUUCUUUCUUCACAUUUCGUCUACCGUUUUGAAGAGAGUCCACUCUCUCCGCUGGCUGAUGCCGGAGCCUGACGUCCCGCGAAUGGUCCUUGUGUUUCCAUUUUUGAACUUUCUUGUAGCUUUCUUGUAUUAUCGCUUUGCGUACGAUCCCCACGGAACAUAUAAGCCGGCUUGGACAGAGAACUUGGGAUAAAGAAUGUGGAAAGAUUUGUAUCAACU